AUGACGGGAGUUAUCAGCGCAAAUGCUAUACGGUUGGCCCUACCUGCGUCAAUGCGGCGUCUGCAUAAUGUCGUCAACGUUGACCGGUUGAAGCGCCACGGAAAUGAGCUCUUUAUCGUAGAAGCAUUGCUAAAGCAACGGCAAUUCAAUCGUAAGAAGGAAUACCUUGUUAAGUGGCAUGGUUUGCCAGAGCACGAAGCAACAUGGGAGUUGGAGCGAACAAUCAAGCACGUUGCGCAUUUCAAGAAGCUUGUACAAGACCUACGCGAGAAGACGCGAGAGACCAAGGCGACGUCAUACAAGUCGGCAGCUAGCCGCACCAUCAUCCGCACCCGCGACACUGCCGCUUGA